AUGACAGAAAACGUCGGCCUCACCACCCCCCGCGGCUCCGGCACCAGCGGCUACGUCCAACGCAACCUCUCCCACCUCCGUCCGCGUGACAACAUCCAACCCUAUUCGAAAGACACUGACAGCAUUCGCCACCGUCAACGCCAACCCGACCAGGAAAUUCUCGAACACGACCGCAAACGGGAAAUCGAAGUCAAAGUCUUCGAGCUACGGGACAGACUAGAAGACGAAGGGGUAGACGAGGAUGAAAUAGACGACAAAUGUGAAGCCCUACGCAAAGAUCUGACCAGCAAACAACGACCGGGCGAUGGUGGUGGACCGAAUGCGAGGAAGCUGAAGAGCCAUCAGGUUCACGAAUUGGCCAAGGCGAAGAUCGAGGAGAGUGAGAAAUUGAGGCGGGCGUUGGGGAUUAGUAAGGAUUAUGAGGAGGGGAGUCAUUGGAAGAGGCAGGAGGAGCGGAAGGUGCAGAGGGAGAGGGAGGUGGCCAACGGAUCUGAGGGGAGGGAUAAAGGGGCGGAGCGGGAGAGGGAUGAUGGGAGGAAGAGGGGGCGGGAUGAGGAUUGA